AUGGACAAGAACAGCUCAACUGUUGUAACUGAAUUUAUCCUUAGAGGACUUCCUCACCCAAGUGAGCUCCAGGUUCCCCUGGUUAUGAUUUUCUCGCUCAUAUAUAUCUUUACUUUUGUGGGUAACUUUACCCUCAUUAUAGCCGUUAAAAAGACUCCUGAUCUUCAAACCCCUAUGUAUUUCUUUCUUUCCAAUCUUUCUUUCCUGGAUAUUUGUCUUUCUUCUGUCACUUUACCAAAACUAUUGGGGAACUUCCUGUUGGAUAAAACUAUUCCUUUUAGUGGUUGUAUAUCCCAGUUAUACUUUUUCCAUUUCUUGGCAAGCUGUGAGUGUUUCCUUUAUACUGUCAUGGCGUAUGAUCAGUAUGUGGCCAUAUGUCGCCCCUUGCACCAUGGCAACCUAAUGAGCAGGAAGGUAUGCAUGUGCUUUGCCUUUGGAUGCUGGUUGACUGCCUCUCUACACUCUAUGGUUCACACAGUUUUAACUUUUCAUGUGCCCUACUGUCGUUCCAACAAGAUAGAUUAUUUCUUCUGUGACAUAAUUCCCAUUCUAAAACUGGCUUGUGCUGAUACUACCAUCAAUAAGACUGUGACCUUGGCCAACAUUGGAGCCAUAGCCCUGCUAUGCUUUAUUUUAAUUCUAACAUCAUAUGGCCAUAUUCUUAUAGCUAUUAUGAAGAUGAAGACUGUGGACGCAAGAAAGAAAACCUUCUCUACAUGUGCUUCCCAUGUUACUGUAGUUAUGUGUUUUUAUGUUCCUUGUGUAUUUAUUUAUAUGCAGCCCUAUUCCGGCACCUCACUGGACAGCUUCAUAGCUAUUUUCUACACUCUCAUCACUCCACUUCUAAAUCCAGUCAUCUAUAGUUUACGGAAUGAAAAGGUGAAAGCAGUCCUGAGCAAACUUGUUAGAGGAAGAUGUCUUUAA